GAAAAUGCAGAAAUGAUAGUUGAAGAAGUGGCAGAAAUAUCAACCAUGACUGAAACUAUCUCUACAGAAGGUCUAGAGAUUGUGGCAGAUAUCCUAGAAGAUAUCACAGAAAUAGAUUCUACUGAUGUACAGGUGACUGAGUCUGUUGUGGAUAUUGCAAGUAACAUUGCGGAUCUACCAGAAGAAGAGCUAGAAAUGGCUGAAGACGAGAGUGGUGCUCCAAGCCGUGUGGUUAUAUCCCUUGAAGCACAACUCGCUGUAGUUGAGGUUAAAAAUGAAACUCUUCGGAUUGUUGAGCCCAAUAUUGCCGCAGAGGUACUUGACGUGACUGUGGAUGAAAUCAGCCAGGGUAUAACCGUUUUCGUGUCAGCUACGUCCGAUGGAGAAAGCAUUUCAGACGAUGAUUUUCAGGUGGCAGAAGGCGAUCUGACACAAGAGCCAGGGGCGCUUGAGGCCCAGGCGACCCUCUUCAUUCCAUCGGUCUUAGCGGAUAGGUUCUCCGGGCUGACUGGCCGGUUGGUCAUCACAACACAUUUGGACACGGCUCUCUUCAGGGACAGUGGACUAACGGAGUUGAAUCGGAAUCGGAACCAGACGGGAUUCACGCGAGAGUUGAAUUCGAGGAUCAUAGCGGCGUCGAUCAAUAACGAAGAAAUCGAAGACUUGGAGGAACCCGUGAUGAUUGCAUUUACUCCUAUCAAUCCGAAUGGGACAAAUGCCACGUGUGUCUCUUAUGACUUUGAUGAUAACCAAUGGUCCACGCGAGGGUGUAACAAAACAAGUAAUGACAGCAUAGACAGAAUUACUUGCGAGUGCAAUCACCUUACCAACUUCGGCAUUCUCAUGGAUAUCUAUGGAGGAGAAGGAUUGUCGCUACAGGCAGAUUUCAUUCUGGAGAUAAUAAGUUAUGUUGGUUGCUGUAUGUCAAUAUUAGGCCUUGUCAUCACAAUCCUCACAUAUGCUUCAAAUAAGAAACUUCGUGAUCGGAAACCCAACCAGAUCCUACUGUCCCUCUCCAGUUCCCUGCUCUGUCUCUACAUCGUCUUUCUGGUCAUGAUAUCUGUCGAUACAGAACGAGGUGUGCAAGACACUCCUACUCUGCCUUGCUCUAUCCUAGCUGGCUUCCUCCACUAUUUUACCCUGUCAUCUCUAUUCUGGAUGGGCGUCGAGGGCUACAACAUGCAUAUUCUCUUCAUUCGAGUUCUCAAUACAUAUAUACCCCGAUUUUUGAGGAAGGCUUCCCUGAUUGCAUGGGGAGUCCCUUUGGUGAUUGUUGGAAUCACUGGAGGAGCAGCGAGGCAGUACUACGCGCAGACAGAUUUUUGCUUCCUUCGAUUCUGGCCUCUCAUUGGUGGUCUCCUGAUUCCAGUUGGUUUCAUCAUGAUCUUCAACAUCAUCAUCUUCAUUCGUGUCAUUCGACGACUGAACAAAACCGUCAAAGGAAGACAAAUUGAUAAGACGGAAAAGCGCCAGCGCCUUCGACGUUUCCAGAAUGCGGUGUGUAUCCUGAUCCUGAUGGGCUUAACGUGGUCUCUGGGUUACCUGAGCAUCAUCCGACCGGCCAGUGAGGUCGUCCAAGGAAUCUUCACCAUUCUCAACUCUCUGCAGGGGUACUUCAUCUUCAUGCUGUACUGCGUGCGCCAGCCUCAGGUUCGCAGGGCAUGGCGCUCACAGUUCAGCUGCUGCUUGUCGAAGUCUGUUGCGGGUUCCAGCGGCUUCACUUCAAGCUCUGGCCAAACUAAUUCUACGAACAGGAACAGCUCGGCCAAGCUCAGGGGACAGAGAGGCAACCAAAAUGCAGGGCUGAUGUCUAACUUCGAUGCCAGUGGGUUCCAACCGGAUACAAUAAUGCGUACCCCACCUGAGAGACUGCCUAGAGCUGCCUACCAAAACGAUGGUGCCGAGUGGUGAUUUGAUACAUUUAAUGAAACUUGAUGAAUGUUUACAAUAUAGAUUGUGUUUUGUUCAUAACUACACCGAAAUAAUGACGGUGAUUUGAAGAUACAAGUAGUAAUGAUUUGAAAACAGUAACCCAUGCAGUCUUUCAACUAACAAAACAAUUGUGUUUUUCAACUAGCAUCAUGCAAUGUAUUUCAACAUGUUAAUAAUUGUGAACAUAAAAGGUCAAUGGGGACAUUAGAAGGGAAUACCAGUUGACCAUAUUUGCAGAGUAAAUUCAGCAUCUAGCAAUGAAUGUUAAAUUGAUAUUGAUGGAGCGGAGUCGGUGAUUAUCAACUUUCUUGUUUAUUUAUACAUCACAUAAUAAAUGUAGUCCUAGCUGUAAUUUGUGAUCGCCUUUAGAACCUCGUGAAAAUUUGCAAAAGGAUCUUUGAUUGAUUUGUAACGAUUGGUUAAAACAUCACAUAAAAUCUUAAACAUUUUCUGUUUAUCUUCACUGGAAAGAUGACUUAAUGCUACAAUCACUUGGGAAUCGCAGACAAAAAGUGCUGUAUGGUUUACGCGCUCGCACAAAGUAGGUUUUAACACGUUAACCAAUGGGGAUCUCAUCAAAAUGUUACUAUUAUCCCGGUACCUGGAAUUUGUCGGGGAUCUCAUUCAUGAACUAUUAAUCGUUGCUGGCAUUUUUCGUUUCUUUACGUGAAUGGCUAAAAUCACGACUCCAAUUUCGACCAAUCAGAUGGCUAGAUUUCUAAUCCAAAAACUCAAAUUACUUGGAGUCACGAUUCAAAAUGAUCUGAAAUGGAAUCUACACAUUGCAGAAAUUGUUGCUAAAGCAUCGCGUAGAUAGUACUCGCUAUGUAUGUUAAGGAUAUCAAGGGCAAGUUUGGGUGAUAUGGUAAACUGUCUACACAACCUACAAAAGCCCCAUUCUCGAAUAUGCUUCCCCUGUUUGAUACACUUCUAUUACUAUCAAUGAGACUAAUAAAUUGGAAUUUGUUAAAAAGCGGGCACUCAAAAUAAUUGUAGGAUAUAAUGUUGAUUAUACAAAUGCCCGUGCCAUAACCAAUCUACUUCCCUAUCUUCGAGAAGGGAUUCACUUUUGGUACGUUUUGGAGAAAAGCUCAGGAACUCCGAUCACCACAAACGCCUUUUGGCCAUUCCCAAGUCCGUCUCGAGCAUGAGACAGUUGCACAACAUGACUGCUUUUCCGACAAUUAUAAUGUAAUACUGAAAGGUAUUGUAUAUCAACCAUCCCUGACCUUGCCAGAAUCUUCAAAUAACUCUUAUUCCCCCUACACUUUCUUGCAUAUUUUAAUCUUAAUUCUUAGUCAAUAAAUCACUAUUUCAGCAUGCAUGCCUUGAUCCUAUGGUCUAUUUAUAUGGUUUUCUUUGUAUUUCAGUUAUUGUUAUAUUUACUUG